CGCGUGGCGGUCACGUGCCCGCGGCGGCGAGCGGAGCGGAGCGGAGCGGAGCGGGGCGGGCGCCAUGGCGGCAGCGGGCGGAGGGAAGAAGGAGGACUCGUACAAUGUGCUGGACCUGGCGGAGUACACCAAGAACCGGCCCUGGUGGCGCAAGGUUUUCGCCCCCAGCUCGGGUUCGAGCGCAGAGAAAUACAACGUGGCCACGCAGCUGGUGAUCGGAGGGGUCACAGGAUGGUGUACUGGAUUCAUCUUCCAAAAAGUUGGAAAGCUGGCGGCAACGGCAGUGGGAGGUGGCUUUUUCCUGUUGCAGAUUGCAAACCACACAGGAUACAUCAAAGUGGACUGGAAGCUGGUAGAACGGGACGUGAACAAAGCCAAGCAGCAGCUGAAAUUUCACAGCAGCGGUAACAAAAUGUCUCCAGAAGUGAAAAGCAAAGUGGAUGAGGUGAUCACGUUUCUGAAGAAGAAUGUUAUCCUGACCGGAGGGUUUGCUGGAGGAUUUCUGCUUGGAAUGGCGUCAUAGGAACUACACUCAACUCUCCUUUCUUGCCCAACCUCUCUGUCCUCUCCUUCGUGUUCCCUCUCACUUAGAAAAGAGUGGCUGUUGCCAGCAGGCUCAAUCCCUUCCUCCCCCAGGUUCCAACCCGUCCUUCUUACAAUGCUGCUCUGAUUUCCAGCUUUUUCCUCUGCCUGGGCUGUUUGGGUGUUGGGAUUGGUCUGAAGCUUAUGACCCCCAGCAUAUCAGUGUGAUUCUUUUCCCCACCCAGUAUGCCCAGAUUUUGGUGAGUUGCAGCCUCAUAAAUAUGUAGGGACAGAGAACUCUCUAAACAAGCGCCUUCGCAGGUGCUCAGGACUGUUACAUUUGUUAAUCUACCAGUAUGUGUAUACAACAGCUAUAGGUUGUUCACUGCUGCUUGGCUUAUACUUUCUCUUCCCCGGUACCUGGAAAGUCUGUGCUUCCCUCUGCACAGAGAUAGUAUGUGAAAUCCAAAUAUGCCUGACUGUCCUUGGGUAGAGGCAGAAGUGUGGGGGCAGCUUGGGCUCUGUGCUGGAUUGGGCUUCCGGGCUGGUGGUUAAGGAGCCGGUUCAUGCUCUGAGUGAGGCUAGGGUGUUCUCCUGCCUUCCCCUGCCAUUGCACUACACGGAAAUGGCCAUUUUGGCUUCUCCGCUGGUGUUAUUUAUACCCCUUACUGGAAUUGCAGCGCUGGCACUGCUGAUGGAAACUGAGCACCGUGUGUGACUCUCCAAGCCCUUUCCUUAUCGUGUCUUCUGAAAGUCACCGAACUUCCCACACUGCAGAGCACAGUUGCCUUUUUUUGCUUGCCAGGUGACUGCUCAACCUUUGGAAUGUGCUGAGGCGCUCUCUUGUCUGGGCAGACAGACUUCCAGAGUGCUCGACCCAUCUGUGUCGGGCUGGCGGCUCAGGUGGUGUGUGGGUCAGCUGCGUCACUUACUGUAAAUUACCUUGGGGCUCAGACUGGUGUUCCUAGGUCUAGCACGGCCUUCGCUGGCCAGUUUGGAGUUGGUGAUGCACAUUAGAAUGUAACUGUAUGGGACAGGAUUGUAGAUAAGAGAUGCAUCCUGAUUUGGGGUACAUCGUGCUGGUUCGGGAUACCUGUAGCCAGUUCAGUUGGAGUGGGGGAAGGAUAUGAAAUCUGGCUAGAACUGCUUUUAGCUGCCUCUGCAGAGUACAAAUCCCAUCUCCCUGGACUUUGCAAACUGAAACUAUUUAAUCUUCCCAGCAUGUGCAUCCCGGGGGCUGCUGUUAUCAGAAUGGUUCAGCUGCUUUUCUGUCUCUGGGAAAUCACAGGUUCUUUUGAAUGUGUUUGGCAAUAACGCAUUUCUUUUCCUUCCCCAACCUGAGACUGGUUACAGAGAUGCUACUUGGAGCAGCUAACAGCUUGCUUAGCUUCCUAUUUGCUUAGGAAAAUGCAUCUCAACAUGCAUUUAGGUCCUGAGGCCUAAAUGAUAAAGACAGCAUGACAGUCAGGGUGUAUUUUUGUGGUAGAGGCCACUUCGAGCUUUCUGUUUUGGUGAUGUUCCUUCCUCCUUUAAGCUUAUUAGCUUUUCUUAUUUCCACAAAAAAAGCUAUCCCGUAGCUUCCUUAAUUCCUUACCUGCAGCUCUUUUUCUGCAGGUUAUAAGGCAGCCAGAUGCAGAGCCCUGCUGUUUUUGGCCCAGUGCAGCUGUGUGCAGAGCAGAACUCUAACCUACAAGAGAAAAGGAAAAAAAAUUACAAAAAAAUGAUCCCUUAGAGCUGUUCUGUAUAGGCUCGUGCUGGGUUGUCAUUGCUUCUUUCUAGAAUCAUGAGACUUGUGUGACAGCAGGGUGAUGAUGUCCUCGAGCAGAUUACGUGUGAAUGUUCUUGCUGAGAAUGGUUCUCUUCUGCUGGAAGUCAACCUGUCCAACUUGGGAGAUGCACUAGAGAACAGCAAAGCGCCUGGGUGUUGAGGAGGCAGCACCCGAGGCAGCAGCUGCAGCCUCUUCUGUGCUGUGUAAUGUUGCAUUGCUGGCUCUUGGCGUGGACGGAGGUGAGGGACCUUCCCCAAAGAGAAGUGCUAGAAGAGCUGGAACUGUGGGUUCUGCCACCAGAGGUUUGAUUUUGUCUUGCUCUGUGUUCACUGUGGUCAGUGUAGCAACACAUUGAGUUAGCUGAGGUUUUCUCACCUUCUUCACUCUAAAAGCAGCUGUGGGUAACCAGGAAGCAGCAGUUGGUGUCUUUGCUGUCCUGUCCUGCUGUACGUGUGGGCAGGCAGGCUCACAUGCCUUUGAUGAUGGCCUUCUUAAAGACCAUCAAGGGCUGUAGGAAUGCUGGGAGGCAGCAAAUAGGUCCUCAAUAAAUCACUGUUUGAGAGUGGAGUGAAGAAUUGUGUGUGUGUAGGAAAUACAACUGAAUGUGCAUGAAUUCAUAUAUGAUGCAUUGCAGGAUCUCCCGUGUUCCUGUAGGAGAUAAAAAAUGUUACUUUCCCUCUGCCUGGCAUGUUAUCUAACACAACCUUCUGCUGAGGCACACUUCUCCCUCCAAAGCUUUCUCCAAAGACAAAGCUCAAAGUAAAUAAUAAAAAGAACUUAAGGCUCAAAUAAAUCCCUGUUAUUUCUAUCCCAGCCUAGGGAAGGGGGUAUUGGGUCCUGUCCUCAGGAUCUGUAGUUGCUGCUAUGAAGAGAAAUGGCCCAGAGAUGGCCCUGAUUCAGCUAAAAUGUCUUGAUUCCUGCUGGAAGGAGAAACAAGUAGUUGAGACAAAUUCAUGUUGAGUUUAGUGUGAAUGCAGACAGGGAAUGGGCAAGGACAUCAAAAUCUGGCAAAUCUUUCUGCUGUUGCAGUGUUGGACUCGCGGCUGGCACCAUUUGAGUGCUGUGUGGCUGCGCUGGAAGUUUUGAUGCUGAAUGACCAAUUCCCAUGGAGAUGCAUCUGCAUUGCUGCAGCUGCCAAAAUGAAUGUCCCACCCCCAUCACACCUGUGCACACACACACACGCUCCCCUUGGACUGGUUCCAACAACUGGCGCCUGUUCCGGUACGGGAAGGUUUAAAACACACUAGGCUUGUAAAGUCUUUUUAUAUAUUGUAUGUAAAUGCUUGUUGAAGUGAUAUUUUAUUAAACAGUUUUGCUCUAA